UCGAAUGAGCAGCAUCCUUGCGUUCAGUCUGGCGUCUGCAAAUCUGGAGCAAGGGUACCCGGAAGCGAGACCGCGGCCGGGCGUAAGCAGAGCAACCAGGCCACCUCAAUCGGCAUGCAGUAUCUGCGCUCCUUCGCGCCAGUCACCAGUAUCCGUACUGACAAAGGAUCCGGAGUGCCGUCUGAUUAAGUGCUGAGGGUACCUACAACGGCCCCCCUCAAAGUUGUCAGCGAGCGGAUGUAUACCGCGCAGACCCUAGC